AUGAAGCUACUUGAUAGUGUCAUCAAGGAGACUCAGCUGAAACCUGGUGCUCUAGUGAACCUUGAGCGCAAAACUAUUAAUAAGGUCACUCUCUCCCGAACGGUAUGGUUCUUCCCUGCGGCACCAGCGUCACCAGUGGAAUGUACCACCUGGUCGAACAGAGACGUAUCCCUCUCCUGGGAAGGUACGAUGGAUAUAGAUUUUUUGAAAUGCGAGAGCAGGGGCAGCGAUACGGCAGUUCUAUCGUCAACUAGUCCCAAACAUGUCGCGUUUGGGAUCGGACGGUCGUGUUGUCGCAAAUUCCUCGCAGCCAACUUGGGCUCGAUUGUGGUGGCUAAGAUCUUACUUGAUUAUGAUAUUCGACUGGAGGAGGGUAUCUACGUGAAAUACCCCAGGGCUCGCAGCACACAAAACCAAAAGAGACCGGCACGCAACAGCGGCCAAAACAACCAACUUGCUCUUGACCGGGUUAUUCCGUUGAUAAUCAACCAUCUGCAACCGCACGUCCAGUCGUCAGCGACUUUUAUUUUCUCCGCACCCAGCGUAGUACAAAAUCAGCCAGAGCAAUCGAGUACGAAAAAUUGUUGCAUGGUGACGGGGUCCGGCGGGAAUAUGACCAUGGAUGCUACUACGAAAGGAAGAGUUGAGGAUACCUGCCAUUUAUGGACGACGGCGGAGGUUUUUGCCGAUCUAACGGAUGAGUUAGUUAAUUGGUUCCUGUGUGUCUAUAAAAAGGAUUUGGGUGAUUCUUACCAAGAGUACAACGUUGAGAAGGAAGCCACCAGGGCGUUUGCGAUGUUGUGA